AAGCUAUUUCUCAACUUUUUCAUCCGCGCGCAGGCUGUUGCUAUUAUUUGGGCAAAAGAAAGGAAGUAGCGACGGGGCUAACAACUUAGCUGUAUCAAAGGGAUCAAUUCGGCUCAGGGAGUCUGUACUCAUAUAUUGGCGGAAUACGUCCCUUCUCUUUUUGUGAGGUUCUUGAAAAUGGGCAAUAAGUAGCGUUAAUUGUAUUAUCCGGCUACCCUGCUCUCGGACCGAUAGAGAAAGGUUGAGCUUUGUCUGGGAGGCACCGCCGCUGUUAGCCUUUUCGCUAGGACUGCUGGGGCUGCCUGGUUCCCAUUUCAGUGGAAAAUAACAAAAAGAAGACUACUGCAAAGCUGCAACCUGCUUUUAUUGUUUGAAUCACGGGAUUGCAAUAAAGGACUAUUGCCAGACAUGAAGCAGACAGGCGAGCAAGGUGCUGAGCGGUGAGUGAGGCGGUGGAUGCGGCAUGCAGAGGCCACUCCCCCUGGCUCAGAAUGAGUGUCAGAGAUGGCGCUGCCACAAUGGCAACGAUCACGAGCGGAGGAGGAGGAGGAGGGGGGGGAGGAAAGGCAGCUAACCCCCAAGACGGCCGCUCCUACCUGCUUCAGAUCUACCCACGGUUGGCUACAGAGUCCUCUGCCUGCUGCUAUCUCAGAGUUCAGAAGGAUGCGACCGCCGCCUCGGUGAUCUGCGACGCGGCCGCGGCUCUGGGGCUGGACCCCAGCAGGCUGUAUGUGUUGGCGGAGGUGAAGGAGUGCGGCGGGGAGGAGUGGAUCCUGGAGUCUGGGGACCUGCCCGUGCAGAGGCUGCUGCUGUGGCCCCGGAGGGCCCAGGAGGAACACCCCCAGAGCCUGGGCUUUUAUUUCUUACUACAGGAGAGCAACCGCGACGGCACCAUCCAGUACGUCCACCUCCCUGCCCUGACCACGGAACAGCAGGCGCAGAGGCUGGCGGCCAGGGGCUUCCUCCCCCCUCCCCAGGAUGACUUUGCAGACCUCUGCAACCUGCCCGCCCUCAACGAGGACAGCAUCCUGGAGAACCUGCGCACCCGCUUCCACAAGAAGAAGAUCUACACGUACGCCGGCAGCAUCCUCAUCGCCAUCAACCCCUUCAAGUUCCUGCCCAUCUACAACCCCAAGUACGUCAAGAUGUACGAGAACCACCAGCUCGGCAAGCUGGAGCCUCACAUCUUUGCCAUCGCGGACGUAGCUUACUACGCCAUGCUGAGGAAGAGGGUCAACCAGUGUAUCGUCAUCUCCGGGGAGAGCGGCUCGGGCAAGACCCAGAGCACCAACUUCCUGAUUCAUUGCCUGACCGCCCUCAGUCAGAAGGGCUAUGCCAGCGGGGUGGAGAGGACCAUUCUCGGAGCUGGACCGGUACUGGAGGCCUUUGGGAACGCCAAGACGGCCCACAACAACAACUCCAGUCGCUUUGGGAAGUUCAUCCAGGUCAACUACCUGGAGAGCGGCGUAGUGAGAGGGGCUGUGGUGGAGAAGUAUUUGCUGGAGAAGUCUCGCCUGGUGUCCAGAGAAGAGAACGAGAGGAACUACCAUGUGUUCUACUACCUGCUGAUGGGAGCUUCUGACGAGGAACGGAGGGAGUUCAAGCUGCUGGCACCUGAAGACUACCUUUACCUCAAACAGCAAAACUUCAGGAUCGAGGAUGAGGAGGACUUGCGCCAUGACUUCGAGAGGCUGCAGCAGGCCAUGGAGAUGGUUGGCUUCCUCUCGGCCACCAAGAAACAGAUCUUCUCUGUACUGUCGGCCAUCCUGUACCUGGGAAAUGUGACCUACAGCGACAAGACCGACGGCCGGGAAGAAGGCUUGGACGUGGGGCCUCCUGAUGUCCUGGCUACCCUCUCUGAUCUGCUGAAGGUGAAGGAGGAGUUGCUGGUUGAGGCCCUGACUAAGAGGAAGACGGUGACGGUCAAUGACAAACUCAUCCUGCCCUACAGCCACAGUGAGGCAAUCACAACCAGGGACUCCAUGGCCAAGUCUCUGUACAGUGCCCUCUUCGACUGGAUUGUGCUGCGCAUCAACCAUGCCCUGCUGAACAAGAGAGACAUGAAGGAGUCCGUCCCAUGUUUGUCCAUCGGCGUCCUGGAUAUAUUUGGCUUUGAGGACUUUGAAACCAACAGCUUUGAGCAGUUCUGCAUCAACUAUGCCAACGAGCAGCUACAGUAUUACUUCAACCAGCACAUCUUCAAACUGGAGCAGGAAGAGUAUCAAGCAGAGGGAAUCACCUGGCACAACAUUGACUACACGGACAAUGUGGGCUGUAUCCACCUGAUCAGCAAGAAACCCACCGGUCUGCUCUAUCUCCUGGACGAGGAGAGCAAUUUCCCACAUGCCACAGACGUCACCUUGCUGGCCAAGUUCAAGCAGCAGCACCAGGGGAACAAGUACUUUGUCGCCACACCGGUCAUGGAGCCCGCCUUUGUCAUCCGCCACUUCGCUGGGGGGGUCAAGUACCAGAUCAAGGAUUUCCGUGAGAAAAACACGGACCACAUGCGUCCGGACAUCGUGGCGCUGCUGCGGAGCAGCGACCGGGCCUUCGUGCGUCAGCUCAUCGGCAACGACCCCGUGGCCAUGUUCCGCUGGGGCAUCCUGCGGGCCACCAUCCGGGGAAUGGCCGCCUUCAACCAGGCCGGGAGGCGCUGGGCCGCCAAGACGGCAGGCGUGGUGCGGCCUCCCUCCAGGACUCCACUAGGAGAGCUGCAAAGGCCCAACCCCCCGGUGGAAAAGAUGUACAAACGAGCCUCUAUGCUCGAUUUCAGCUUUGAUCACUCAGAGGAGCGCCCUCUAGAGGCCUUUGAAGACAUCUUUGCUAGCUAUGAGAGUAAGAAGGACAUGCACGCUCAGAUCGUCAGCUCCAUUAACGACCUGCAGCUGGACAGCGAGGACCCCCGCAAGCUGCUGCAGCCCUGGGGGCGCCUCAGGUUCCCCCGGCACGCUCUCCAGAAGAACAAGCAGACCAAGCAGAAGCAGAUCAUCCCUAAGAGUUUGCUGGACUCGCGGUCUCUCAAGUUCAUCGUUGGCCUGACUCUACAAGACCGCACCAACAAGACCCUUCUCCGCCUGCAAAAGAAGAAGAAAACCCCCAGCAUCAGUGCCCAGUUCCAGUCCUCCCUGACCAAGCUCUUGGGAACGCUGAGUAAAGCCGAGCCUUUCUUCAUCCGUUGCAUUCGCUCCAAUGCUGAGAAGAAGGAGAUGUGUUUGGACGAGGCCCUGGUUUUGCAACAGCUGCGGUAUACAGGCAUGCUGGAGACGGUUCGAAUCAGGAGGUCAGGCUACGGUGCCAAGUACACCUUCCAGGAGUUCAUCGAGCAUUUCAGGGUUCUUCUCCGUAAGAACGCCACCGACUCCAGAGAGGACAUCUCAUUACUGUUUCAGAAGAUGGGCAUGGACCCCACGACCUACCAGAUCGGCAAAACUAAGGUCUACCUGAAGGAGCUGGAGCGCCAGCACCUGCAGGACACCCUGCACAAGGACGUGAUGCGCAAGAUCAUCUUCCUGCAGCGCUGGUUCAGAGCCCGCCUGCAGAGGACCGAGUACCUGGCCAUGAGGCAGGCGGCCGGCGUGCUCCAGCGGUCGUGGCGCAGGUACUGCAGGGAGGAGAGGCGGGCGCGUGCGGCCACGCUGAUCCAGGCUGUGUGGAGGGGCUCCAGGCAGAGAGCAGAGUACCGGCGCCACAGGCAGGACAUCACCAAGCUGCAGGCCCUGGUCCGAGGACACUCUGCCCGCAGAAGAUGCAAUUCCAUCCGCGAGGAGAAAAGGCAGGAAGAGGAGGUGGCUCGGAGGAGGGCGGAGGAAGAGGAGGCGAAGCGCAAAGCAGAGGAGGAAGAGGCCCGGAGGGAAGCGGAGGAGGCCAGGAGGAGAGCAGAGGAGGAGGAGGAGGCCAGAAGGAGAGCCGAGGAGGAGGCAGUUCGGCUCGCCAGGGAGACCGAGGACGCCCGGCUGGCCAGAGAGGCCGAAGAGGUCGAGAAGAAGCAGAGGGAGGAAGAGGAGGGACUAGCGAAGGCGAAGGCCGAGGAAGAGGAGGCUGCUCUGCUGAAGCAGGCAGGCGGCCAGGAGGCCGAGCCCCAUACCAGGGAGCGCCCAGACAUCGAGCUGGUGAUGGAGGAGACUCUGGAUGAAAGCCAGGCAGCGGAGAAGUCCCUCUCGCCCGAAGAGGAGGGCGAAGGGGCGGCCUCCGGCCCGCAGCCUUCUGGGGAGGCGGGGAAGGAGGGAGAGCUGGAGGACGAGGACGAAGGCCUCGGGGAGGACGAAGACAGCGGGGAGCCUUCGUCGCCCAGGUCUUACGUGGAGACCAACGGUACGCCGGCUGAGGCUGGUUCUCAGCAGGACGUAGAGGAGGAGGAGGAGGAGGAGGACGACGUGGGGAGAGCCCCUGAACCCACGGGGGGCGUCCCGUCUGGUGCCCGACCUGCUCCGUGCACCGCCCGCGCAGCCCCGCAGGUGGAGGAGAACAGCAAGGGGCGGGCCUCCGCCCUCCACAAGGGCCAGUCGUCCAAGAGCCAGGAGAAGAGGGAGCAGCGGCGACGCCGGGGCCUGGAGCACAACCAGCGCGAGUCGGAGCGCGCCGCCUCCUCCACGCCCGCCGCCGCCGGCAAGGACGAGGCCCCGCCCAAGUCGUCCCCUCGGACAAAGGGCAAAGGUCAAGAGGCGGCCAGGCUGAAAGAGGCGGCCGAGAGCAAGGAGCUGGAUCAGUACCCCUUCGUGCACUGGAAGGUGAAGGAGGACAAAGGGGAGAAGAAGGAGGGCCCCGUCCGCCCGUCCAGCCUCGCCCUGCGGCCCUCGGACGCCGCAGCGGAGCGCAACGGCCACGAGGAGGCCUCCGGGCUGCCCGGCCUCCAGCGCCGGCCGGGGGCCCUGAAGGAGAAGCCGGACAAGUGGAAGGGCGGGAGGAAGAGCGAGGGCGGGUCGCCCCCGCGGCCCGACACGGCGCAGCACAAGAGGCAGAUCCACGCACAGGGUCGAUUGACGUCCACCUCGCUAGACGGCUUGUCUACAGGCUCUGAGGGGGCCGGAGCCUCAUCGCACAGAGAGGUGCUGAGCCCUUCAGAGAGCCAUUCUGAUGGCUCAAAGAGCAGCUCCUUCAGAAGGAAGAGCCAGGAUGCCGCCAGUCGCCAGGACUCCUCCCCGACUGUCCCCUCGACGCCUGAAAGGUCAACGGGUUUCCUGAGGAUGAUCCUGAAGAAGCGGCCCCACAAAGAGGCCCAGACUCCGGACGACGCAGACCUAACCAUGGCCCAGUCCCUCAAUGACAGGUCGGCUGCAAAGGAAGCUCCGGCGGCCGGCCAGUCGUCCCGCCCCCACUCGGACUCCGCGGGGAAGGGGCUGAGCCGCAACCCCACCAUCAAGAUCAGCCGCGCCACGCGAGUCUCUGAGCAGUGGAACGCCUCGCUGGACCGCGAGAUCACCAACUCCAACGAGCUGCGGCACCUGGACGAGUUCCUAGGCAACCAGGUGAAUGAUUUCCGCUCCAGGGGAAAACAGCUGUCGGCCACAGAAGCCAUCUUCGUCACGGCGACCAUGGAAUUCAGGAAGAACAUAUUGGCCAUGUACUCCCUCACGAAGCUCACCAUCGGCUACAAAGACCUGAUGAAGGGCUACCAGGCCAAGGUCAUCCACCUGGCGGGGGAGGGCCAGAAGGGGGAGGUGCAGCUGGUGGUGAACCUGUUCCAGUCGGUGCUGGACGGCUUCAUCAGAGGGGAGAUGAAGAAGGAGGAGGAGCCUGUCAAGCCUGCUAAAGCCAGGAAGAAACGCCGGAAAAAGGACAAAAGUAUGGACAGCCCCCUGGACCACAUGUUCAGCACCUAUCAGGUCAACAUCAUGCAGUCAUGUGACCAGUGCACCUCCUACAUUUGGGGCAUGGAGAAGGCCUACAUGUGUAGCUAUUGCAAAAUGGUGUGCCACAAGAAAUGCCUCUGCAAGAUCGUGACCGACUGCUCCACCUUCUGCGCCAAAAAGAGCGACGACGAAUGGGACGGGACGCACUUUGGGGUGCGCAUCUGUCGCCUGAUCAGCGACAAGAACCCCGUCCCCAUGGUGAUGGAGAUGAUGCUGGAGCACGUGGAGAUGCACGGCCUGUACACGGAGGGCAUCUACCGCAAGUCGGGCUCGGCCAACCGCAUCAAGGAGCUGCACCAGCGCCUCGACACAGACCCCCACCUGGUGUGUCUGGAGGACUACCCCAUCCACACGGUGACAGGCCUGGUGAAGCAGUGGCUCCGGGAGCUCCCCGACCCCCUCCUGACCUUCAUCCAUUACAACGACUUCCUGAGGGCCAUCGAGCUACCAGAGAAACAGGAACAGCUUCAUGCCAUCUACAAAGUGCUGGAGGAGCUCCCGACGGCCAACUUCAGCACCUUGGAGAGACUCAUCUUCCACCUUGUCAGGGUGUCCAAGGAGGAACCUCACAACCGCAUGUCCCCCAACUCCCUGGCCAUCGUGUUCGCCCCCUGCAUCCUGCGCUGCCCCGACAGCGCAGACCCCCUGAUGAGCAUGAGAGACGUGGCCAAGACCACCACGUGCGUGGAGCUGGUGAUCAACGAGCAGAUCAGACGCUACAACGAGAAGAUGGAGGAGAUCGAGCAGCUGGAAUACGCCGAGACUCUGGCCGUCAACCAGCUGAAGCUCAAGAGGCAGAACACGGUGAGACCCGGCCCCCACGCUCCAGAGACCGAGCCCGCCAACCUGCACUACUGGCAUUUCCCUCUCAGGUUCUCAGCUCCUUACAAAGGAGUGGUGCUCAACGAGAAGCCCGGCUGUGACCUGACGGCCGUGCCUGAGGACGAACCCCUGGACUCGGACGCCGAGGCAGAGCAGAACCUCAUGGAGCGCAUCAAGUCCAUCAAGCAAGAGAAGGACGACCUGGCGUGCCGCCUCCCGGAGCUGGAGCAGCCGGGCUCGGACCAGGAAAACCUGGACUCUGAGGCCUCGCUGAGCUCCGAGAGCCUCCUGGACGACCAGCGACGCUCCGAGGCAGAAGGACCCAGCUGGGCCCUGCAGAGGAGCUCCAAGCAGGUCUCCCGACCCCGACCUCUCCUCUCUGACCUCUCCCCGCAACCCAAGGCCCCCGGUGGACCGCGUCUCUCCCCGCAGAGCCUCAGCCCUGGCAGCUCCUCUUCCUCCUCCCCCACCUCCUCCUCCUCCUCCUCCUCCUCCUCCUCCUCCUCCUCCACCCCCACCACUCCAAACGUCAGACUCCAGCUCAUGCGGAAUCCGGUCAUCCCCGGCACGGUGAAGCUCCCCCACGGCCUGCUGGCUCAGUCCCGGUCCCUGGACCCGGGCCCCUCCCCCCAGGCCGCCUGCGGCUCCAGACCGCCGCGGAGGGCGAGGGACCCGCCCGGCCGGCGCAAGGACAUCACCCAGUCCAUGUACCUGGACGACGGCGCCGCCGCCUCCUCCUCCGUCUCCAUGACGACGCUCACCCCGCCGUGCCAGCAGACUCACGGCUCCGCCCACCAGGGCCGAAGACGCUUCUCCGACCCGGACCCCUCUCGCACGGAGAGCAGCGACGCUUGACGGGGCUGGCGGUCACUGAGGGGGGCGGCCCUGGGACAGGAGAGGGAGCCGGCCCCCCCGGUGGAGAGACGUCCGUCCCCCCAGUGGAGGGACGUCCGUCCACAGGAAGGGCCGCCCCGGAGAGGUUAAGACGCUAGGGGAACUACAAUAGAGAAACACACAAUAGGACGCGGCCACGGAGAGGAGACGACAGGAGGGCUUUAUGGGUUAUGUGGAUGACCGCCAUGUGACGGGAAGGAGAGUGGAAGGCAAAAACUGACUUGUUAAGUAGAGGUUUCCAUGGUAACCAGUUUAAGAGUUACCCUUUUAGAAUCUUGUCGUCCUGAGACUUUGACACAACAGGUCAUGAUGUUGCCAAGCACUUUUUCUAUCAUUAUUAAUAUAUUGUGGUCAUGGACGUUGAUCGGAAGGGGCUGGAGUUAUAACGGCCUCACGAUGGACCUUUUGGACACAAAACCUUUUUUUCUUUUUUUUUUUUCUUGCGAUUUUUACCCACAUUACCCACCAUCAUUUGUGCUAUUUCAAGGACAUCCUACAGGCUAUAACUGCACCUUUUACAUGUAUUUCGUAGUAUUCGCAAUAAGCACAUUAAGCCAGUGUGCUUGUUUAGAAGUUGACUAGUGCCUUGAUUUUGUAUUGUUACUGAACGGCAUACAAGCAAAACAGUUUGUCCACGUUAACUAUACGGCAUGGAUCGAGGGGAGAGAGGGAUGGGCUGUUACCCUUUGUCUUACGGUAGAGGGGUCUUUUGUGUAAAUACUUCUGAGCAGAUUGUACGUCAAACCAACUCAAGAGGUGUUACAAACGUGAAAAGACACACACACGCGCACACACACACACACACACACACACACACACACACACACACACACACACACACACACACACACACACACACACACACACACACACACACACACACACACACACACACACACACACACACACACUAUGAAUGUCCUGGCGCCUUACGAGUCUCCGAGGAGUUUCACUCCUCACCCUCUUUAAGCCACCGUCACGGCAAUAGGGAAACGCUCACAAGCAACACUCACCACUUUUCCUCGGGCUCAAAGCAGACACCCAGUAACAAUGUUAGCCCCCAUGGCACGAUGUCGACCACCCUCAAGUCCUCACAUAAAGAUAUGGCUGAACCCACACAUGUGUGUAUGUUACCCGGCUUCCAAGGUGGAAGCAAGGUGGCACAAUAAAAGCGUACCUCGUUGAAGUAUGGUAUUUUUGCCGACUUUGUAUUUGUAAAACUAAUGUUUCUCUUUGCUGUUGAAUGCCGUCUCGUCCGUGUGUCAUGUUUUGAGUGGGAUAAGAAGACGAUGUGUUUUGGUGUGUGAUUGGAUCUGUAUGAUGUUGUGUUACCAUUGACGGGACAAGAUAGUAAAUGAUGCUUGUAAUAACCUCUGUGUGUUAUUUUUUUUA